AAAUAACUGCAUUUGCACUGAGCAGGCUUUCCCCCCUCCACCUAGACUUGAAUUGCACAACAUAAAGGCAGCAUAAAAUAUUUGCUCUCUGAAUCCACAUAAAGAACUUCAGCUUUCUCUGGAAACUUAGAGCUCUUUGGAAGCCAAACAUUCCACAAUGAAGAGCUUUCUGGCUUUCCUUAUCGCAAUGGGCAUCAUAGUGACCCUGAGCGAUGCAGUCUGCUGGAGGAAAAUGCACAAGCCAGAGGAGGACAAAAAUGGCUGCAUGAUAAAUGGAAAAGUGUAUCCCUUUGGACACAUUGAGAGGACAGAAGAUUGCUACACAUGCAACUGCAGCGAAGAUGGAGUGGAAUGCUGUUCCCUCGCUCACACUCCAGUCGCUUUCGACGAAAAGAAAUGUAAAGUUGUUUUCAACAAGGAGCGCUGUGACUAUGAUGUGGUGCAGAAGGACGACCCCUCAAAGGAGUGUUUUGUCUAUUCCCGUGUGGGCUAACACCUGCUCCAAACCUCUGCACUGAGGAAUUCCUCUCCUUCCUUCAGAUGCUUUGCCAUCACAGAGAAGCAUGAUGACACAGGAAAAUCUCAUAAAAGUGAGCACUUCAGUAGCUCAUUUUUAACCUCCUAAUUGUCCUAAUUCAGCAUACAAAAUGCAUAAUCAGAUAGAAUGUGUCAUUCUGUCAUUACUGCAUUUGUUGACUAUAAUAAAUUGCGAUGAAACAU